UUGAGUACUAGUGAUUAUCAUUCAUAACAUAACGACAAAUCGACUUGACAAUUUGAAUUAUCAAACCCCUCAUUUGCUGUACGACUUGAAGAAUUAAUUUACGAAACGUUGCGGAAUAAUCUGAUUACUACAUAAUUUGCGGGUAAUAACUCAUGGAAUUGGAAUUAUGACUGAUCUAUUCUAAAUACAUUAGUGUCAAUGAUGAUACAGGUGUCCUAUAAUGGACCUAUAAAAGCCAUUUGAAACUUUAGGUUUAUCAUCAGUUUAGUCAUCACGCGGACUGCCAUGAUGUUGGAAAAAAUGGGUUUCUUUUUCACUAGUUGUAUUUUGUUCCUGAUCGUCAAUUUUCUUCAAGAUGUUAGUGCCAGGGCGCCAACAAAAAUAGUCGGUGGUACUGAUGCCACAAUUGAAGAAUUCCCGUCAUUAGUCUCAAUUCGAGACAAUGUGAACGAUCAUGUUUGCGGUGGAAUGCUCAUUACCACUAAGCACGUGUUAACAGCAGCCCAUUGUCUCGUCACAUAUGAAAAAAAACGCAAUCAAAUUAUACAAGUUGAAAAUCCGAUUACAGUUUGCACAGGCGGUGAUGACAAGGGUAAAUUUGAAAAAGCUCGACAAAUUGAGAAGAUAGAUGUUCACGAAUUGUUCGAUGGUAAUUACUCGGAGACAUCGUACAUACUUCACGAUAUAGGGAUUAUCACGCUCAAAGAAGCUGUCGAAGAAGGCCCGACUCGAAAACCGAUCAAAUUACCAUCUCAUAAUACAGAAAUCGGUGAAAGUGCUCAUAUAGCUGGUUGGGGUUCCGUGGAUAAGAAUUGGAUUGAGAUACCUUUGACAUUGCAAAAAGCUCAGAUGAACAUCUCACGCUGCAAGAUUCUACCUGGUACCUUGAGAACACCCGAUACUGAAAUCUGUGCCUUCAAUCGCAAAGACGUUGGCUUUUGUAAUUUCGACAGUGGCAGUCCACUCAUAGUUAACAAUGAAGCUGUUGGAAUAGCGUCGUGGAAGUGGUCCAGGACCUGUGCUGAUGGUUACCCCGACGUUUAUACAAGAGUGAUCAGCUAUCUUGAAUGGAUUCGGAAUAUCAUCGAUCCUGAUCAAAAUAGAACCGAUGAUCAGCAGAACGGCCAUGAUGAACUUCGAUAGCUCAUAACUUACCGAUGUAAAUCCUCUCGAAAUACGAAUAUAUCGUUAUGAAUU